AUGUCGGAUAUGGAAGAUGUAGGCUAUGGUGAAAAAAAGGAUUUCAGAGGGUUCGUUGAUUGAGUGAUGGACUAAAUGAAGGUAAAUGUGUGGUUCUUGGAGCAUAUGGAGAUGCGUAAGGCGAAGUUUGAAUGCAUGGGUUGGUGUGUGUGGGUUGAGUGUACAUAUGGGGAGAUGGGUUAACUAAGUGGAAAUUGUUCGUAAAAAGUGUUUCACUUGGGGAAGUGUAAAAGUCGAAGUAAUUUGUGGGGUUAUCAUUAAAUGGUAAGAAGUUUAGAAUGCUAGAAUGGUUUGGCUUAUUCCUAUGCCAUGCAGGUGGAUUUUUGGGGAGUCAAAGUACAGUUAUGGAACCUUGUUUGUUUCUGGUUAAAGUUAGGAGAACUUCUAUUUGUUAUAUAUCUAUACGUAGAGCGUUUCGGCUGUACUGGUUUGCUUAAUAAGGCCUUUUGGUUUGUGAGUCUUGUUUGGUAGUCGAUUUUUAGUACUGGUUGAUCGGUUUUUGGGGGGCGUAGUAAAACUUACUUUGCUAUCUAGCGGCGUCACGUGGGUGGGUCCGGUAUCGGCGUCAUCGUUCUGUCCCAGUUGAACGUUGCUGUUUUUUUGUGCCUCCCUUGUUUCUUUCUGUCCAGCAUUCCUAACUGCUUUUACAGUUACGCGUUUUUUGUCCUGAGAACUAAAGUCGGAAGUACUUGCUGGAGGUCCAUUUACGGGGGCUAUGGGUUUAUCAUUUUGUUUACGCUGGUCUGCGCAUUUCUUUUCAUUAGUGCCAGAAUGAGAGGUAGUAGCUAGAGGUUUAGUUGUGGGGCCGGAGUGCUGAGUACCGUGUUUGUAGCUGGUGUCUGUUUCCCGAAGUUUACGUCUUUGCAUCGGUGUCAAAUCUGGGUCUAUAAAUGAGUUUCGGUUUCGCAGAUUUCUGUCUAACUCGGGGAUUUGUAGGACAAGCUCAGCUUCGGUCUGUGAGUAGAAGGUUACAAAGGCGGGUUUAUUUUUGCUUCUAGUUUGAAGUCUUUUGGUGGUAGCUACUCGGUUGUUUAGGCCACACGCUGCAUAAGUUUUUGGAUUGAUGGUGUCGGGUUAACCGUGUGGGGUAUAUUGCGCAUAAUCAAGUUGAGUCUGCGUUUUGAUCUAUUUGCGACUUCUGAUGAAACCAAAUGUACAAUCGGUCCUAUUUGUGGUAGGUUCGUUGACGCAGAAAUAUGCCAAAUACUUAAAUUAUAAACAAGUUUCAACUUAUCUCGGAUCGGAGGAUUUCGAACGGUUGUGCACAAACGGUCCCACUGCGACCGAUAAAAACGUUAAUCGGGGCAAAAAAUUAUAAACUUUCAAGUGAUCAUUCCACAAACUUCAUUCGUUAACGGGGGGCUGCAAAACUUCAAUUGAGAACUCGACAGAGUUUCUCGAGAAAUUUAAAGCAAUCACAAAAUCUACGGAUUAAAUAAUGGACACUUCGAUGUCGUAUCGCCUUCACGUCGAUACUCCUAGAUUUUUGUAAAACUAUGCUCAGGACAACCACCGAUGUCUUAUGAUAAAGAUAUUCCCACGAUUGUUGUAGUGAAGCUCAUAGAUCAAUGCUGGAAAACUAACUUCUCAUUCGGCCGAAACUGCUAACAUCAAAUGAGAGGAGCUCCUAUGGGGUCACCUAUUUCUGGUUUCCUGGUUAACACUGCAAUGUAAAAACUAGAGACUAUGGCUCUUCCGGUAACUAACCCCGAAUUGUGACUGACACAUUUGUACUUGUUAAAAAAAACAAUUGGAAGCACUCUACAACACUAUAAACUCAACAAUUCCAAGAAUUGCAAUCACGUUCGAAAAGGAAUUCGACAGUUAAAUACCAUUUCUAGAUGCUGUCGUACAGCGAAAGACUGACGGAACACUACUCACAUCGAUUUACCGAAAGGACUCCACUGAGGACGUAAUUUUAUCUUACGAGAGCAAUAAGCCAAUCCCUCACAAACGGAGUGCUUUCAACAGCCUGCUUAAUCAUGUGAAAUGGAUCGCUCUGACGAAGAAGAUUACGGAGUUUAAAUGAAUUUCUUAAGUAAAUUGUUUUCGCUGAAUGAUUAUUCAAGGAAUAUUGUACGCCGAUGCACGAAGCAGAAAGAGUCGGACAGAAAUGAAUCUCGUAAUCCAAAUCGGCACCCGAGCAAAACACUUGGCGAACUCCUCCUUUCAAUGCGACUUACCGGCCUUGAUCCUUUUUGGUUUCCUAGAGUAAAAAGAUACUACUUUUAUUAUUUAGGUUUUUAUAUAAUCGUACCUUUAACCCUUUUACUACUUUAGAACAUCUUGUCCACCCUCGCCGUAACAGUCACUGUAAGGUGUUCUUCCUCUGACGCGUACCGUUAAAUAUGGUCGUUUUUUUCUGUGAACACAGAUGCUAUUAGGAACUAAUUACACAUUAUGAUAAAAGUGCAGCAAAUUUUUUUGCUUAAGAGAACUAUUACUUGCUUGUUGCAUUCAGAACAACUCCCACAAAUUUUGGAUGCCGAAUCCACCGAUCGAAUAUCCCGUAGCGACGGCGUUCGUAGUUUUUCAUCCCCAUGGCCAAUCUUGCCAGGGAAAAUCAUUAAGCCAACAGCGACAGCUGCUCUUCAGUGCUUCCGUUUCGUCCAGUCCCAAAUUCUUCAAAAAGAAAGACGCCUGAUAAUAUCCGGUGAAGUGCUACCCCUCCCUUUAUUUACUGUCGUCAUUUCGUCGGCGGCAGUUUUUCUCUCGUGGACACUCCAGCCUAUGCAAAACCACCAUCCUCUUUAUUUAAUUAUCCGGGGUUUUUCACUGCUGGCCAGAUUUGCACCCUAAGGAUAGGGUUAACUACGUCGACAAUAAUGAGGUCGAUUACAAGAUCCCUAGUGAUGCAUGUGAUGCCGUCUCCUGCAGCCAGAGCAAAAAGCACGCCCGUACGCGCAUCCACGAACAUCAUUUGACGGAAAAGAGCCGAGAUCACCUGCGUAAUGUAGCCCUGUACAGACUGCAUACCGGGCACACCUUCGCUUCGAAGAAAACCGGCACUGGCACCUUGCGUCCAUACCUUGUUUAAUUUACGAAGAAAUAAAUGCGCGAAAUUGGAAUUAAUCUAUUAGUCCUUUAAGUAGGUCGGAGUUCAAUUUAUAUUUCUCCGAAUAACUGACGUGGUUUGCAUCCCGAGAUGGUAAAAUAAAAUAGAUAAUGCCUUCAGAAAAAUCGAGUUGUACUUUCGAAUGUUUAAGUUGGCGACAUCAAAGUGUCGUUAGGUGAAACGAGCAAAUGUGAAAAUGGGACUGGUAGAUCAAAUCGGUUAGCACGACAAGACAGACAGUGACAGACAGAGAGCUGAUGCGCGAGAGUGAUGAGCUCUAGGCUAUUCUGUGUUUUGGGGGAAGGGAAAAUCGUCAGGACCCCUGUGCGUGAGGAUGAGAGAAAAAAGAAGAAGAAGAAGAAGAAGAAGAAGAAGAAGAAGAAGAAGAAGAAGAAGCGGGAUAAUCAGUGAGGUGAUCAGUGGGAAUGCGGGCGGCCGGUCACUGUUUUGGGAUGAGGUGGAAGGUCAGUGCGCGGGCGUUGGAUGUGUUAAGAGUUGUGGUUCCCCGUGUUUAAAGCGGGUGGCUUGUUAGUAAGAUUAUAAGUGGCCGAGUAGGGAUUUACAGUUGCCAGGACGUGGGAAACAGCCAGCGAUGGCAUACGUUAACCCUAUUCGUGGACUCAUAGAUCGAUGUGGCCGUUGAUGGUGGUCGUGCCCGAAUGCGAAGCUUCGAGGACUUCUCUAGCCUGUCUGUUUUAGCCAUUUUGGUCGCUUCAUCGCCAUCUCAAUUGAAACGGUGAUCACCCUCAUGGGCGUGCACAAACAGGAGGGACAGAGGGUCACGUCGGCCAGCUGGCGGUUCAUUAAUGUAUUGAAUUUCCCAUCAAAAUUUUGCUGUACUAGGACAUUAAGAAAUGGGAGUUUUCUGUCAGCUUCUUUUUCGUGCGCGAAGGUGGUUCCUGGCAGUAUUAACGCUGCCGCAGCGUUUCCAAUUGAUAUCUCUCGGCAAAAACGAAGUUGUCAUCUAUAUGCUGUAUCCAUAAUUUGGGAUUAAAUAACAAUAGGAUCAGAACCUCCAGUUUUUGCGCCGUGAUCUCAGUCAGAAAGCCAGAAAGUCAGGCGACCCUAUAGAAAAUCCUUACAACUGUUGAUAGCAUCUAUGCCAGACAUAAGUCCGAGAAUGUAAGCAAAGGAGAUGCAGGAACAUCGAUGUCGCAGGAUUGCAGGAGUUCGUCCGUGCAUUGCUUGGCAAAUCGAAUGGUGUGGAUGUGAAAAGAAAUAACAUCGAAGGAUGCCAUUUUCUCAUCAGCUUCGAUUGUGCCGAGCAUUUUCGAGGCGUCCUCAACCGCCCCUCCGUCAUCUCCGACGCCGCCAUCGAGCGCCUGCCGCAAGUGGAGACCAACGUGGACCUCGACCUCCCGCCAUCUCUCCAGGAGACCAUCAGGGCCGUGCAGCAGCUGUCCAGCGGGAAAGCACCCGGAUCGGACGCGAUCCCUGCUGAGGUCUACAAGCACGGAGGUCCCCAACUAAUGGAUCACCUGACUGCGCUCUUCCAAGAGAUGUGGCGUCAAGGUGAAGUCCCGCAAGAUUUCAAAGACGCAACCAUCGCGCAUCUCUACAAGCGCAAAGGGAAUCGCCAAGUCUGCGACAAUCACCGCGGCAUCUCCCUGCUGAACAUCGCCGGGAAGAUCUUCGCACGAAUCCUCCUCAACCGCCUCAAUAACCAUCUGGAACAGGGCCUUCUGCCGGAAAGCCAAUGCGGCUUCCGUUGUCAUCGUGGGACCACGGAUAUGAUCUUCGCAGCCCGUCAACUUCAGGAAAAGUGUCAGGAGAUGCGGACCCACCUGUACUCUACCUUCGUGGACCUGACGAAAGCCUUCGACACGGUGAAUCCUGAAGGACUGUGGAAGAUCAUGCAGAAAUUCGGCUGUCCGGAGCGAUUCACUCAGAUGGUGCGUCAGCUGCACGACGGUAUGAUGGCGCGAGUCACGGACAACGGAGCUGUCUCAGAGGCAUUCGCAGUGACCAAUGGAGUGAAGCAGGGCUGCGUACUGGCGCCUACCCUCUUCAGUCUUAUGUUCUCUGCCAUGCUGAUGGACGCCUACCGCGACGAACGCCCCGGGAUCCGCAUCGCCUACAGGACGGACGGUCACCUCCUGAAUCAACGGCGGAUGCACUUCAAAUCGCGCGUAUCCACAACCACCGUGCACGAACUCCUCUUCGCCGACGACUGCGCCCUGAACACCACCUCGGAAGAGGAGAUGCAACGGAGCAUGGACCUGUUCUCCGCCGCCUGCGAGAACUUCGGUCUGGUCAUCAACACACAGAAGACGGUGGUGAUGCACCAACCGCCACCCAACUCGGCCACAGCCCCCAACGCGCCGCCGCAAAUCAGCGUGAAUGGGACCCACCUGCAAGUGGUGGAGAACUUCCCGUACCUGGGCAGUACUCUCUCCCGCAACACCAAGAUCGACGACGAAGUCGCCAACAGGAUCUCGAAAGCCAGUCAAGCCUUCGGUCGCCUCCAAAGCACAGUUUGGAAUCGUCAUGGUCUCCAACUGAGCACGAAGCUGAAGAUGUACAAGGCCGUCAUCCUGCCGACGCUACUGUAUGGAGCGGAGACUUGGACGGUGUACGCAAAGCAGGCACGUCGUCUGAACCACUUCCACCUCAGUUGUCUUCGUCGCAUCCUGAGGCUGAAGUGGCAGGAUCGAAUCCCCGACACCGAUGUGCUGGAACGGACGGGAAUCCUCAGCAUCUACGCCAUACUGAGGCAAAUUCAGCUGCGCUAG